CCCCCGCCGGCCGCGCCUGCGCGCUGGGGGCGAUGGCGGCGGCCGGGCUGCGCGGUGUCCUCUGGCUGCGGGCGGCCGCCCGGCUGCGGGCGCUGCGGGGCCCCGCGGCGGCGCCCCCGGGGGCAAGGGCGGCCUCGGAGAUGUCCAAGGACAUGAUGCCGGGGCCGUAUCCGCGGACGCCAGAGGAGAGGGCAGCGGCCGCCAGGAAGUACAACAUGCGGGUGGAGGACUACGAGCCCUAUCCCGACGACGGCUUCGGGUAUGGUGACUAUCCCAAGCUCCCUAAUAAGUCUCUCCAUGAGAGAGACCCCUGGUACCAGUGGGACCAGCAGGAUGUGCGACAUAACUGGGGGCAGCCGAUGCACUGGGACUUCGACAUGUAUAUUCGGAACCGCGUUGACACGUCCCCCACUCCAGUUCCCUGGCACACCAUGCGCAAACACUUCCUUGUCUUUUUGAGUACCAUGCUGAUCAUGUUUGCUCUUGGAGAGAUCUAUCCAUCUUACAGGCCUGUGGGACCGAAGCAAUAUCCCUUCAAUGACCUGUAUUUGGAGAAAGGAGGAGACCCCAGUAAAGAGCCACCAGUGGUUACACACUAUGAAAUCUGAACAUUGCUACGUUCCGCCUGUGUCAGCUCUGCUGGGGAUGGCAUCUUCUCUAGUCUUUACUGUGGUAGAUGUUAACGCUUGUUCUUCAAUGUUCAAUCACUACUUGCAGUGAAAUACAUCAGUGAUACCUAC